AUGAGGCGCAGUCUUCGCUCCAGAACUACCAUCCCUGAUUCCGAGGAUGAUUCCCAUCUCAGUGAAACGUCAUUGAGGAAUUCCUCGCCCCUCCGUCGAUCCCAACCCCUGAGAGUGGGUGGAUCAUCCCUUCCUCGAUCUCGAUCUCGAUCUCAGCGCGUCAUUCAGGAUUCCGAAGCGGACGAGGCAGAGUACGUCGACCGUUCGGAUUCGACAGCCUUUGAACCACCUGUCUCAGGAAAUAUCGCAGUAGUGGUACCGGCCUUAAAAAACGAUUCAUCCAGUGAUUUUAACUCUCGAAGCUCAUCUGAAAAACUGUCCACGGGUUACAAUACACCAGCGACUAGCGUCGAAGCCACUGGCACCAAGCUUCCAGCCCGUAUCAAUGCUUCUGAUCGUGCCAGUAAACUCCAGUCAAGUACGCUGUCGUUAGGGUCCUCCAAAAGAGGAACUAAGCGAUCUACGGCUACGCGAGACGAAGAUGAUGGCCGCGAGGCCUCGGAUGCUGCCCUGGCGCAAAAACUUCAGAUGGAGGAAUAUGACCACCCCCCAAAGAGACAGAAAGCCUCCCGGAAUUCUUCAGACCAAGAAAAUAUUAAUUCUAAUAGAGGAUGGGAAUGGGUGGUAGAGGACGAUGGGUUGGCAAUGAGUGAUAUGACUCUGUCCUCAUUAACCCCCGAGCCACCGAAUAUGGAAUUUCUCAAGAAAGCCUAUCCAAAUCUAUCGGAAAGUGCACUUGCGGAUCUUCACUUUGAACACGAGAAUCCUUUCGAAGAAACUUCCGAUCUCUCUGAUGGCUUAGAUGACUCUGAAGAAUCAGUUGUAUCCGAAUCCGAAGAGGACCUGCCGCCAACUUGGGAGGAACAGCGAAAGGCUCGCCGCAUGGCAGCCGACAGAAAAAAGCUCGAGAAAAAACACCCCGCAAUCAUUACCAUGUGGGAUGAUCUGAAAUCCCGCCCUGUCCUCGCACCAGGGCCAGCUAAGCAGCCAGCCUCCAUCACUCGAAAACUAAAACCAUUCCAACUUGAAGGGUUGAAUUGGAUGAUGCAUCAGGAGCAGACUGACUAUCGCGGUGGCUUACUGGGUGACGAGAUGGGCAUGGGAAAGACCAUUCAAGCCGUAUCUCUCAUCAUGUCUGACUUCCCUCAACCUGAUCCGACAUUAGUUCUUGUACCGCCAGUUGCUUUGAUGCAGUGGGUAUCUGAAAUUCAGGAAUACACGGAUGGCAAAUUGAAAGUCCUUGUAUACCAUAACUCGGAUCCAAAGAUCAAGACAAUGACGCCAAAGGACCUUCGAAAAUACGAUGUUAUCAUGAUAUCCUACUCAAGCUUGGAAUCUAUCCACCGAAAGCAGGAGAAGGGCUUCACUCGCGGCGAGACAAUUGUCAAAGCGGACAGCAUUAUUCAUUCUCUUAACUAUCACCGUCUCAUUCUUGACGAGGCACACAGUAUCAAGCAACGAACUACAGGUGUUGCUAAAGCAUGCUUCGCCUUGCAAGCUAACUACAAAUGGUGUCUUUCCGGCACACCUGUGCAAAAUCGAAUUGGAGAGUUCUUUUCUCUGUUACGCUUCUUGAAAGUACGACCAUUCGCCUGUUACUUCUGCAAGCAAUGUGACUGCGAGCAGCUACAAUGGACUGCCGAUAAAUCAGGCCGCUGCACUGGAUGCUCUCACACUGGCUUCAACCAUAUCUCAAUAUUUAACAAGGAAAUUCUCGGUCCAAUUACCGAGGGAAGAACACAGGUAGAACGAAAAGCCGGAUUAGAAAAGCUUCGUCUUAUCACAGAUCACAUCAUGCUGCGACGAAUGAAGCAUGACCAUACAUCCUCGAUGGAACUUCCCCCUAAACGAAUCACAUUGCACAAUGAGUUCUUCGGCGAGAUUGAACAUGACUUUUCACGUAGCAUCAUGACCAAUUCCACCCGGGAAUUUGAUACAUAUGUCAGCCGUGGUGUCAUGCUGAACAACUAUGCCAAUAUCUUCGGCUUAAUCAUGCAGAUGCGCCAAGUCGCAAAUCAUCCAGAUCUUAUCUUGAAGAAAAACACGCAGCCGGGAUUCAAUGUAGCUGUGUGUUGUGUUUGUGACGAACCCGCCGAAGAUGCGAUUCGGUCCCAAUGUCGUCAUGAGUUCUGCCGCCAAUGUGCCAAAGACUACAUAGAGUCUUUCCAGGACGAGCAGAAAUACGUUGACUGUCCACGUUGCCACAUCACACUCUCUAUUGAUUUGGAACAACCAACGCUUGCGCACUCGGAGGAUUCUGCCAAGAAGAAUUCCAUCAUCAACCGCAUUUCCAUGGAAAAUUGGACCUCGUCGACCAAGAUCGAGAUGCUCCUGUAUGAACUCUAUCAAGAGAGAAGCAAGAGUCAUACUCCCAAGUCAAUCAUCUUUUCUCAGUUCACCUCUAUGUUGCAGCUUGUCGAGUGGCGUUUGCGCCACGCUGGGUUCAACACUGUGAUGUUGGAUGGAUCUAUGACGCCCGCGCAACGGCAAAAGUCCAUUGAGCAUUUCAUGACUAAACCCGAAGUCGAAGUUUUCCUAGUUUCUCUCAAGGCUGGCGGUGUGGCUUUGAACCUGACCGAGGCCUCCAGAGUUUUCAUCAUCGACCCGUGGUGGAACCCCGCCGCGGAAUGGCAAAGCGCCGAUCGCAGCCAUCGAAUCGGCCAGCAGAGACCCUGCGUUGUGACUCGGCUUUGCAUCGAGGACUCAGUCGAGUCUCGAAUCAUUCAACUCCAAGAGAAGAAAGCCAACCUCAUUCGGGGCACCUUGAACAAGGAUCAAGCCCAAGCAUUGGAAAAACUCACACCGGAAGAUAUGCAGUUCCUCUUCCGUGGAUCCUAA